AUGGGUGCUUUGUUGAUGCUGCUGUUGGUGUGCGCAGGGGGAGCAGCUGGUGGUGCUGGUGUUCCUCUUGCAGACACGGACUUGGGUGAUGAGAGGGGGCCGGGGUCGCCUAAUGCCCUUGAAAACAGAGGCGGCCAGGGGCCCGCCUGGUGGCGGCCAGGGGGCCCGCCUGGUGGCGGCCAGGGGCCCCGCCUGGUGGCGGCCAGGGGCCCCGCCUGGUGGCGGCCAGGGGGCCCGCCUGGUGGCGGCCAGGGGGCCCGCCUGGUGGCGGCCAGGGGCCCGCCUGGUGGCGGCCAGGGGGCCCGCCUGGUGGCGGCCAGGGGGCCCGCCUGGUGGCGGCCAGGGGCCCCGCCUGGUGGCGGCCAGGGGGGCCGCCUGGUGGCGGCCAGGGGCCCCGCCUGGUGGCGGCCAGGGGGCCCGCCUGGUGGCGGCCAGGGGCCCCGCCUGGUGGCGGCCAGGGGCCCGCCUGGUGGCGGCCAGGGGCCCCGCCUGGUGGCGGCCAGGGGCCCGCCUGGUGGCGGCCAGGGGCCCGCCUGGUGGCGGCGAGGGCCCCCUCCUGGUGGCGGCCAGGGGGCCCGCCUGGUGGCGGCCAGGGGCCCCGCCUGGUGGCGGCCAGGGGGCCCGCCUGGUGGCGGCCAGGGGGCCCGCCUGGUGGCGGCCAGGGGCCCCGCCUGGUGGCGGCCAGGGGGCCCGCCUGGUGGCGGCCAGGGGGCCCGCCUGGUGGCGGCCAGGGGCCCGCCUGGUGGCGGGCAGGGGCCCGCCUGGUGGCGGCCAGGGGCCCGCCUGGUGGCGGCCAGGGGCCCGCCUGAUGGCGGCCAGGCGGCCGCCUGGUGGCGGCAGAGAGAAAAUCACUGA